AUGGGCAACGCAAUUUUGUUCAGACGACAUCACGGGUAUGUUAAGAUAAUGAAGUUAGAUGGGCAAGUGUUGAAGGUGAAGGGGCCUCUCAUAGUAGAUGAUAUCCUCGCAGAUUAUCCAGGUUAUGUAAUUUUGCAUUCAGAAGCAGUUCGUCAUAUGGGAAUCAGAGCAAAACCUCUGGAUGGAUCUGCCACUCUCAAAGCUAACCAUCUCUAUUUUCUUGUUGAAUUGCCAAAGGUGGAGAAUCACCCACUAAGGGUCUGUUCAGGGAUACCCACGAAUGCAAAGUCCAGGCUUCAAAGUGUGCUCUUAACGCGCAGAUCCAUUUCUUAUAUUUCUCACAAGAAUUGUGAGCCAUCAUUAGAUAACUCAUCUUCUGAGAUCAGUGAAGAUAAUGGAGCUUUUCAGGUUAAAGUGCGUAUGAGAAGAGCUGAGCUUAUUGAAAUGAUGGCAGAGAGUCAAGAGAGUUCUGAGACGGUGGAAAGAAUACUGGAUUCAUGCCUCAACCAUGCGAAAUCCCAACAAAUGGAGAGAGGAAAUGUAAAUGAAGACUGUGGAUCCGACUUGCAGCUGCAAAGGACUAGCAUAAAGAUGGUGUGGAGAGGAAAUAGGAAUGGUGGAGCACAUGGAAAUGCGGACCCUGCUGUGAUGGGAAUGUUGAGAUGA